AUCUACCACCAGCACAGCAGCGACACAAACACACACCGCAGGCGAGGAAGUCACCGCAGCGCUACAACCCAGUGCGUACUUAUCAAAAUCAUGUCGAGUGGUGCGUUUUUAUUCGCGACCUGACAACUUCAGUCUGCUGCCUACUAAAUAGUCACCGUUAUAUCAUAUGAUACUGGUUUAUAAGCCCGGUAGCCGUACAGUAACGCACUGAAUGGCGAAGAGGAGAGCGAGACGCGGCUAACGUUAGUCUGAAGCUGCGACUCCAGCAGCCUAACAAGAUGAAGAGACGUCAGUGGGUUUAUGGUCAAAUCUGCGGUUAAAUGAACGCGUACUGCUGAAUAAAACACUGUAGUGACGAUAUUAAUCGAUCUCUUACUGAAUACGACUAGGUAGCAGGCUAGCUGGAUGUAAAUCAGGUGAAACUGAAAGUGUGUUGUUGUUGUUAGCUGGGCCAGAUCGCUUAUUUUAAGAUCGCCGGCGGGCGCGUGAGAUCUUUUCUAACAGACAAAAUGGCAACAGGCUCCAGUUUCCAUUCCGGAGGGAGUGGAUCUAGAAACGGACCGUCAUUCGCAUCACCGUCGUCUUCCUCGUCUGGAGUGCCGGGACAGGCUCAGCCGAUGGCGGUGGUUUGGGAAUGGCAGGAUGAUCAGGGCUUCUGGAGGCCCUACACCGGACAGGUGAGCAGCUACAUCGAGCAGUGUCUCCAGAGAGGAGCCAACAGCAACGGCAUCUGUCUGGCACAGGCAGACCCCAGCCUGUCUGCGUACAUCAUCGACAUCCCCAACCUCAAACAGUUCAGACAGGACACUGGAAAGAUACGCGCUGUGCGGAGAUCCCUGUUCCCACAGUCCUCUGCUCUGGGCAGCGGGGUUCUUUGGGAGUGGGCCAAUGAUGAAGGAGGGUGGAUGGCGUAUGAGAUCCGAACCUCAAUUUUGCUGGAGCACAGCUACCAGGCAGGGCAGGCCACAGCUGACCUGAGCUCACACGGCUACAACUACAUUGUGGACCUCACUGCUUUGGAGCAAGUCAACAAGUCCACCAGUUACAGACGACGCGUCAGGCGGCAAGGUAGCGUGCCGUAUCCUCUCGCUUCAGGUUCGGUUAUUCACUCGGGCCCGGCCUGUACCUGUCACCAAUGCAUGAGCAAUAGCAGCACCGCUGGACCCAUGCUAAGCCGGUCACGGCAUUCCUUCACUGCGGGGCAGGCCAACCGGCCCAGCCUCCAGCCCCAGCAUGGAAGACUUCCUGGAACCAGUUCCUCCUCAGCCUACUCGCCCUACCCCAGAAGACCCCUCUCCAUGGGGAAUUUAUGGAAUGGCCCCUGGAGCACCCCCACCUCGGUGGCUCAUUCUUCAGGACCGCCACAGGCUUUUGGUCACCAUGCAAAUGGUUUAAGCAUCCCAACCAUCCCUCUACACAUGAGCGGAUCCAGUAAUGUGAACUCUGCACUGGCAGCACCAGCUCAGAAACCAGAAGAAGUCAUUAAGAAAUACAUGGAGGAAGUGCCUGUGGUCCCAGAUGAGGACUGUAUUAUCUGUAUGGAGCGCCUGUCCUGCCCGUCUGGUUAUGAGGUCCCAGCUGAGUGCUCUCAGUCUCUUCAGCCCAACACCGUGGGCAAACUCACAAAAUGUGGUCACACUUUCCACAUGCUCUGCAUGCUGGCCAUGUACAACAAUGGAACCAAGGAUGGGAGUCUUCAGUGCCCCUCAUGUAAGACAAUCUACGGAGAGAAGACCGGCACCCAACCCAAGGGCAAGAUGGAGAUUUACAGUAUCCCUCAGUCUUUGCCUGGACACCCAGACUGUGGCACUAUACAAAUCAUUUACAACAUCCCGCCCGGAAUACAGGGUCCUGAGCACCCAAACCCAGGGCAGCCGUAUACGUGCAGAGGAUUCCCUCGCUUCUGUUUCCUUCCUGACAAUGACAAAGGAAGAAAGGUGCUGGAGCUGCUGAAAGUGGCGUGGACACGGCGCCUCAUCUUCACCGUGGGCACUUCCAGCACCACAGGGGAGCCAGACACCGUCAUAUGGAACGAGAUCCACCACAAGACGGAGAUGAUGUCCAACGUCUCCGGCCACGGCUACCCCGACCCCAACUACCUGGACAAUGUGCUAUCAGAGCUGGCGUCACAGGGCGUGACGGAGGACUGCCUGAAAUGAGACCCUCAGUGCCAGGGGGCUCAAGGUGCAGCCAUGUGAACCGGACUGUCCCAUCUACUGUAGAUCUAAUAAAACUUGAUGAAAAGGGAAAACUAGAGUUACGCUGUUGGUUUGAUGUAUGCGAAUGUAGUUAAAUGCAGCGUUCCUCAUCCAUUUCCACUCUUCGGCUGAGUCUAGAAUAUUAACGCACAUGUAGGGUCACUGCUUUACUUUUUCCGUAUUGUAAGGCAGCUACAGAUGGUUCUGCGGGAAUGGCACGGUUUAAUGUUUUAGAUUGGUGCCCAAAUCUCAUACCAGGAGGAAACUCGCCAAUUCAGGCAUCCAUCUCAACACAUGAUUCAUCAUAGGGGCUAUUAUGUCCUUCCUGACGUACUACAUUACAGUAGAGCAUCUGCGACUAUGAUCAUUGUACUAUUGCUGGGAAUCAAGCAUACAAUGUUUCUUUAAAAGCAGUACGAAAACAGUAAAAAUUGCACAUCAAUGCAAGUCAUAGAUCUUUACUAGUACUGUAAAAUGUACUGCUUCAGAAAUGAAAGGCACUUUUACAGAAUCUGCAGCUGUUAAUUUACAUCAUUUUUGUUUUUGUUUUCAAGUUAGAUUGAUGAUGGUGUUCACUUGCUGCUAUUACUUUUUUCUUUUAGUUUUUUUGUUAUUUUGUUUACAAUUAUGAGGGACUUCAAGGGAUAGUCCAUCCAGAGAUGUAAAUUCUGUCAUCAUUUACUCACUCUAAUGUUGUUGCAAACUUGCUUUUUACUUUGGAAGGCAAAAGAAAAUAUGUUGUUAAUCAAAUAGUUUCUACUCCCGUUGACUUGCAGGACAAAAAUGACAAUGCAAUCCAAUGGGAACCAAAACUGUUUGCUUACCAACAUUUAUCAAAAUA